GUUCCACAUACUCUGUCAAGUACUGUUGGGGAAAUGCUCGACCCCUCAGAUUUACCCCACUGUAACACCAUGACUAUACCGACAUCCAAACACCGUUGCACAGCCAUCCAUUCCAACAUCAAAUGGCAGAAACUUUAUUCCUGAUCUCCGCACUAGAUGACAAUCAUGCGUUGGCAGAAAUGGCUGUCGAAUAUCCUCCGUCUGGAUAUAACUAGGGUCUUCUCCCCGGAUCUUGAUGCUAACCAGAUCACGCGAAUUCAAGCUUUUUGUCAUCAUCCACACCCAAUCAUAUACCAUUCAUCACGAUGAAGUUCGCAUUCUACCUUCUGGCCUCGCUCCCCCUCGUGUUCAGUAUUCCAGUCGACGAGGCUACCCCUGCUCCUCCUGAGACGAAUCCAGGCCAGCUGAAUCUUCUGUUGAACAACAGCACUGAUGAUAUUUCGCCUGCAGCAGCAUGGUGCGGUGGCUACACACCGCAAAGCUGCCGCAAUGCCUGUCGCAGUUACAACUACAACUGCUUUUGCUGCACUGGUAAUUCCUGCAGCUGCCACAACUGUUGAAGGGCGGACAGAAACUAGCUAGUAUUGUUGAACUGGUGCUGCAUGGUGUAGCGACAAUCGUUUCAGCCGGUGUUACUCUUAACUUGUUAAUGAAAGGACGCAUAGUACUUGGUGGAUGGUUUUUGAGUGUGGGCAUAUUGGAUGAUAAGGAGAAGUGCAUGGAAAUCUCAUGCGGUGCUGAGUUUCGGUGUUUUCGAUUUCUGGCACUGGCGAUGAUGAGCAUACUUCUCAUUCCAGUUCUCGGCUUUUUCGUUUGCACUCUCGGGUCUAUUAUUCCUAGGCUGUGAUGAUGCCAUUCUUCCUAUGGCCAAUUUGAAUCCUGGCAAGGGUUUGUGGAAAAUUGAGAUGAUCUCUCUGUUAUGAUGGUCAGCGUGAUCAUGUAUGGCAUAAUUGUAGCUAUCUCAGCCGGGAUUUCGCAAUGACAGUCAAUCCAAGUCAAUAGGCA